UCCCUCCCUGUACUCCCACUCUCCGUAUUCCUCCCCCAUCCCAGGGGCCCUCUCUCGUCUCCUCUCCGUUUUCUCGUCGUUUGCCUUAUCCCCGUCACCUCUAUUUGUGACUCUCUUCCCUCCUCUAUACCUCUAAAGUUCGCGCUCUCUCCCUCCCUUUCUCCCUCGUUGCCUCGCUCACGCCCUCUCCCUGUCCCAGGCUGCUUUCCCCCUCCAUCUCCGUCAUACCCCGUCUCACUUUCAUCGUAACUUCCUCCCUUGCGUCCUUCCUGGGCUUCCUCCUCUCCCUCCUUAAUACUCAACUUCUCGCUUUCUGCCCCUUCCCCCUCCCUGCUCUCUCUCCCUCUCCACCCUCCUUGUUCUGUUGCCUCUCCCCCUUCUCCCUCUCUCUCUCUCCCCUCUAUUCUCCACCACCUCUCCCUCUCCCGUUCUCCCCCUUCGUCCUCCCACUCCACAUCCAUACACUCCUGCCCUCCAUCUCUCCGUGUCCACCCUCUUUUACUCUUUUACUCUUCGUCGCCCGUCUCUUACCUCCAUUCCUCCUCGCCUCUUCACCCUCAAUUUGUACGAUUUCCUCCCUCUGCUCAUUCCCACAUCCAAUCUGUCCGAUUCUGUUCCCCAAGUUAAUUUGUGAGACGCACCGUAUGUUUCCUGUCGAGGGGAAAGUAGCACGCGCGGCUUACAGCACGCGGUUCAUUAUGAGCACUAGCAUGUUGUACUGAAAGCAAUCCUGACGAAUCUGUCCGCCCGAUAUCCAAUCGCCUCGGCAGUUUUCUGUAAUCUUCAGCUCUCAUGGGUGUUCUCCACUGCUCCCAACUUCCCGCCCACCGAACUACUGUGACACUCGCUUCCCCCUCGUAUUCCGCCGUUCCGAGCGCCACGCCCAGCAGCCAUGCUCGCGCUCGCUUGUCCCCGUCCUCGUAUAGUUGCGGCUUCGUCGUGUCGUCGGUCCUUCGCAACUCCGCCGCCCCGCAUUCUCCCCCGCUCCUCCCGCUCUCUCCCGACUUUUUCCCGUCGUUACGAGCGCCACCACUCGCACCACCCUUGCCACGCGCGCCGCGAAAUUUCGUUCCCGUUCCCGCGCUUCCUCUCCCUCCACGUCCCUCCUUAGUUUCCGCGUCUAGCAGAUGUAUUCCCGUAAUAUCCGCGAGUGCCACGUCAUCGGACCGCGCGUCGCCGUACUUCCUUCAGCAGGCCUUCGGAUCGCCCUUUAUCCAGUUCUCGGGUGCCGCGGGUAUCCGGACCGUCGAGCUGUCCACGUCAGACGAGACCACGUGUCGUGUUCUCAUUGACGGCGCUCGCGUGACCUCGUACCGCGCGAUGAUGUGGCACGGCGCGGCAGAGGAGGUACUGUAUGCGGCGUCGAACGAUGAUGACGUGGUCAUCGCUGACGUGGACUCCACGUCGGACGCGAGCGACUCGACCAGCCCGUGCAACCUUAUCCGAGGGGGAGUCGUCGUCAGCUUCCCCGCCAGUGGCGCGCUGACAGCUGGCAGCGGCAGGAGGGUGCCACUUGGCGAGCUGGCAGCGCGCGGCGAGUGGGAGGUGACGUCAGCAUCGAGCGCGUCGAAUGGGAGCUGGGCUAAAGUUGUGCUCUCGCAAUCGUUGACCCAAGAAUCUCUCCCUUCCUCCUCUUGGUCUGGCACCGCCUCUCUCUCUCUCACCAUCACUCUCACUCCCAACUCCCUCUCCUCCUCCCUCGCCGUACAAAACACUGCCACUCGUGGCAGCACGAGCACCACUGCCAGCAACAGCAGCAGCAACAGCAGCAGCAGCAGCAGGACAGAGCAGCCCUCUAGCGAUCUUCUCUUCGCCCCCUCCCUCGCCGCCCACCUCUCUCUCUCCACCAUCAAUGGGGCCCGCCUGAUUGGCUGCAAAGGUGUGCGGUACUGUAGCAGCGGCAGCGGGCGGCAGCAGAGACUGCAGCAGGAGAGAGGGGGGGCAGGUGGGGGAGGCUUAUGGGGAAUGGGGAGCUUGUUUGGGCAGUUGGGCAGCAAGAAACAGAGCAGUGGGAGGGCGGAGGAAAGCGCCGGGUCGCAAGAGGGCAAGGGGAGAGUAGCAGCCACAGCAGCAGCAGCAACAGUAGCAGCAGCAGUGACAAGCGCAGCAGCAGCAGAGGCGGGUUCAGGAGCAGGUCCAGUUGACAAGGAGAUGGUUGGGAGGUUGAGAGGGUUGUGGAGGGACGUAGUGGAGGGAGGGGAGGAGGGUGUAGAGAGAGCAGACUAUGCUGAUAUCGAGGCGCCUUUAAAGCGGAUUUUUCUGGACGGUCCUGACUCGGUCACUCUUCUAGACAGGGGUCGCCGGCUCUCCUUCCGCCUCUCAUCCGUUGGAUUGGGCGAUCUGACGGUGCACGCGGCAGAUGAGACCUGUGGCCUGCCGGACUGGGACGAGUUUCUCUGCAUCGGCUUCUCUCGCGCCCGCCACCCUCUCACCCUUGCUGCCGGCCAAUCAUGGACCGGCACUUUCACGCUUACCAACCUCGGCGCCCCGUGAUUCAAUCUAAAUGCUCGAUUCAACUCUGCAGCGGAUUCUCCCGUGCCCGCCACCCUCUCUGCAUAGCUGCCCGACCAAUCGUGGACCGGCUCUUUUUUGGGGUACACACUGUCACCUGGUCGAAGAUGGGGAUGGGUGCCCGUUGCGUAACCACCAGGACCACAGCAUCUCCCCCUUGGCAUCAUCGAGGGUUGCUUAUGCUACCAAUGCCAGUGUUGCUCUUCUCCGUGGUUGCUUCUGUGCUCAGGCAUAGUGCGUAUUGAUGUCAUGAUGGUGUAUGGACCAAAGUUGUGUGGGAUGUGCACGCUAGUCACAAUGCAUGGGUAGAAGUGUCCAUGGUAUAUGAAACCCUCGUUUUUUCAUAUUAAAACCCCAAUUGAUAU